AUGACCCCGUGUGAGAAGAUUAUUCAGACAGCGAUCGAGAAUAAGGCUGAUUUUAUUGGGCUGUCGGGGCUGAUAACACCUUCGCUGGAUGAAAUGGUUCAUGUGGCGCAAGAGAUGCAACGGCAGGGUCUGACAAUACCCCUGUUGAUAGGUGGUGCGACAACGUCGAAAACGCAUACAGCAGUUAAAAUUUGGAAAAAGUAUCGCAGUGGCCCGGUGGUCCACUGUCUAGACGCGUCGAAAAGCGUUGUCGUGGUAGGAUUUCUUGUUUGUUCAUCGUUGCUUGACGCGAAAACACGUGAUGAGUUCUUGGCGGAUAUCGCAGAAGAUUACGAGGAGGUGAGACAAGAGCACUACGAGUCGUUGAAGGAGAGACGUUUCAUAAAAUUGGAUGAGGCCAGAAAUAGGGUGGCGAAGGUGGAUUUCAGCUGCUAUACACCAGUUACGCCGAAAUUCCUGGGCUCUCGAGCGUUCAACGAGUUCGAUUUGAAUAUUUUGGUGGAGUACAUCGACUGGAAACCGUUAUUCGACGUUUGGCAGCUGAGAGGGAAGUAUCCGAACAGGGGAUAUCCGAGGAUAUUCNAAUUUUAG